UCUGGUUUAAAUAUUGCACCGGGUACCAAUUUUUUCACAAAUCAAAUCAUUUACCUGACGACAAAAACACAUAGUGUCCAUGUGAGAUCCCCAUUCCCAUUCCUCUCUCCCAUCACCAACCUUAUAAAUCAACGCCAAAACUAGCCCUCGUUCUCACAUCAUCGAUUGUACCCAUCUCUUUUUUCUCUCUCUCGCUCUCUCUCUUUCUGUGUUGAAAAACACAAAAAAAAAAAAAAUAAUAAUAAAUAAAUAAAAUGGUUGCAACGGCAGAGACUUAUUUCCAGAGCUUGUUGAUGGGCAUGGAACAGAUUUUUGAGAGUAUUUCUCUGAUACCAACCAUCUACACAUUGUUGGCAGUAGCAGCAGGAGUAGUGUUGGCUUAUUUGUAUGCGCCGUACUGGGGUGUAAGAAAGGUGCCUGGUCCACCUUCUAUUCCCUUCAUAGGCCAUCUUCCUUUGCUGGCCAAGUACGGUCCUGAUUUAUUCUCUGUUCUUGCCAAACAAUAUGGCCCUAUCUUCAGACAGGUCGGAAUUAAUCAAGACCAUGACAUGGAGAGGUUUCAUAUGGGGAGGCAGCCAUUGAUAAUUGUAGCAGAUCCAGAGCUUUGUAGAGAAGUUGGUAUUAAGAAAUUCAAGGACAUUCCAAAUAGAAGCAUCCCAUCUCCCAUCUCAGCUUCUCCUCUCCAUCAGAAGGGUCUCUUUUUCACCAGGGAUUCAAGAUGGUCGACCAUGCGAAACACUAUAUUAUCAGUAUACCAGCCAUCACACCUAGCCAGCCUAGUGCCCACCAUGCAGGAGUUCAUUCAAUCUGCAACUGAAAAUUUUCACUCCUACAAAGAGAAAGAUAUCACCUUUUCUAACUUCUCCCUCAGAUUGGCAACAGAUAUUAUAGGACAAGCUGCUUUUGGUGUCACUUUUGGAGUGUCUAAACCACAAUCCACCACUACUGAUUCAACCAACAAAUUCAACAAAAAGUCGGAGAGCAAUACUGAUGAAGUCUCUGACUUCAUAAAUCAACAUAUGUACUCCACAACACAGCUUAAGAUGGACUUGUCAGGUUCUUUCUCCAUCAUUCUGGGUCUACUUGUUCCAAUUCUCCAAGAGCCUUUCAGACAGAUCCUCAAGAGAAUUCCUGGUACCAUGGACUGGAAAGUGGAGAGAACUAAUAGGAAACUGAGUGGUCGGCUUGAUGGGAUUGUGGUUAAGAGGAUGAGAGACAAAGAUCGAGGUUCAAAGGACUUCUUGUCAGUCAUAUUGAAUGCAAGAGAGAAAGAGACGGUUUCAAAGAAUGUUUUUACCCCUGAUUAUGUCAGCGCAGUUACAUAUGAGCAUCUACUUGCUGGCUCAUCCACAACAGCUUUUACUUUGUCUUCCAUUGUGUAUCUAGUUUCCGGACACCCUGAAGUCGAGCAAAAGCUGCUUGCAGAGAUUGAUGCAUUUGGCCCAUCAGAUCGUAUCCCAACUGCCCAUGAUCUUCAACACAAAUUUCCUUAUCUUGAUCAGGUGAUUAAAGAAGCAAUGAGGUUUUAUGUUGCUUCUCCCUUGGUUGCAAGAGAAACAUCAAAAGAUGUAGAGAUUGGAGGUUAUCUUCUUCCAAAGGGAACAUGGGUAUGGUUGGCACUUGGAGUCUUAGCAAAAGAUCCAAAGAACUUCCCAGAGCCAGAGAAGUUCAGGCCAGAGAGGUUUGAUCCAAAAGGUGAAGAAGAGAAACGAAGGCAUCCUUACGCUUUUAUACCUUUUGGAAUUGGGCCUAGAUCAUGCAUUGGUCAGAAAUUUUCCCUUCAGGAACUAAAGCUAUCGCUGAUUCAUUUAUACAGGAAAUAUGUAUUUAGGCAUUCUCCACAUAUGGAAAAACCUCUGGAGCUUGAAUAUGGCAUUAUUCUCAAUUUCAAGCAUGGUAUCAAACUUAGGGUUAUAUGCCGGACUUAAAAAAAGUGUUGACUAUAAGUUGUAUAUCAAAUAAUUCUCCAACAUAGUAUAUCGAAUAAAGAAGGCUGAAUUAUUUGCUUGCAGGAAA